AUCACCACGAACUUCCCCAAAACUCCAACUGACAAACUGGCUUCUUUCCUGCUAAGAAACCUUUUUAAAAAGAUUUAAAGCACAAUGUUAAGUCUGUCAGGAAACGACUGACGAUGAACCUAAUUCAGUGUGUUUGUACUUUGUUUCCUGGUAGUCAGAAAACAACAAAUUAACGUGUUUGUUGUGAAAAAAGUGGGCGGGAGGUAAAGUACGGUAGCUCCUCAGCUCGACUUCGUAUCCAGUCUCCCACCUGCUAUGACUUCUUCAGAAACCUGACUUGGAUAUUAUGUCGGGGGUUUGUUGCAGGAGCACGGCGCCGUUCUCCGUGUUUAAACGCACUUUGUCGGUGCGUAACUCGGCCUCGGCCCCGCGCUCAGCUCCUCCCGUGGCCUGCGGGAGAAGAGGCGCUCAGGAGGGCUGCACGCUGCUCGUCCGCCCGCUGCACCUCCACACCGGCGGCCCUCAGCGACAUCCAACGCAUUUGUUUUGCUCUUCUGUCCAGGAGUCCAUGAGCGAGAGCUUGCGGGUGUGUUACGUUUACUUGAACCAGACAAGCAGGAGCUUCGCGGCUGUGAUUCAGGCCCUGGACGGAGAACUGCGCCAUGCAGUGUGUAUAUUCUAUCUAGUUCUUCGAGCCCUGGACACAGUUGAGGAUGAUAUGAGCAUUCCUCUGGAGAAAAAAGUCCCACUCCUGCAUCAUUUCCACACUUUCCUCUACCAACCAGAUUGGUGUUUCACAGAGAGCAAGGAGAAAGACAGACAAGUUCUAGAAGAUUUUCCCUCGAUUUCAGUGGAGUUCAGGAACCUGGCACAGGAAUAUCAGGAUGUGAUUUCAGACAUUUGCCACCGAAUGGGGGUUGGCAUGGCUGAAUUCCUUGAGAAGAAAAUUGGCUCAAUGCAGGAGUGGGAUAAGUACUGUCACUAUGUGGCUGGUCUGGUAGGUGUGGGUUUGUCUCGGCUCUUCUCUGCAUCCCAACUGGAGGACCCUGAGGUGGGGCGGGAUACUGAGCUGGCCAACUCUAUGGGCCUCUUUUUACAAAAGACUAACAUUAUCAGAGACUACCUGGAGGACCAGCAGGAAGGACGAUCCUUCUGGCCUGAGGAGGCAUGGAGUCAGUUUGCCUGUCAUUUGGAAGACUUUUCUCAGCCACAGCACCUGAGCUCAGCUCUGGCCUGCCUUAACCUGUUGGUGACAGAUGCUCUACGCCAUGUUCCUGAUGUCAUUGCUUAUCUUUCCCGUCUCCGCAACCAGAGUGUCUUCAACUUUUGUGCCAUCCCUCAGGUGAUGGCAAUAGCGACUCUCUCUGCUUGCUACAACAACCCACUGGUGUUUCAGGGGGUGGUGAAGAUCAGGAAGGGGCAGGCUGUCACUCUGAUGAUGGAGGCCACCAAUAUGCAAGCUGUACAGAGUAUGAUUGCACAGUACAGCCAAGAGAUCCUGCAGAAAGUGUCCCUGUCUGAUCCGUCGCGGGCCAGCACUCUAUGUCUACUCAGCAUGAUUCAGGAAAAGACACUUUCCAAGGCAGUGCUGCCCUCCCGUGCCCAUCACUUCUCACAUAUUUAUCUUUCUGCUGUUACAAUUUUGGCUUUUUUCAGCUGGCAGUACCUAAACGCCAGUCAGUCCCCAAACAGUGCUGACAUGCAGGGCCGCUGAGUCUGUCCUGUAUCCCAAACGUCCUCCAGGCCACGCCAAACCAUGCCAACAAACACAUCAAAGACUGUUAGCAAUGUAUAAAACAUUUUCAUGUGCUUAUCACAGUGAUUAUUUUUUCCUUUUUCUGCAUAAUAGCAUUUGUAUAGGCAACUCA